AUGGCCAAACUCACUUUGCUUACCGAUCUACCCCACCUCCUCCAUUUCUCUGCAGGCACUGCCUAUGUGCUGUCAUGUUACUUCACCAACUGGGCCCAAUAUAGGCCUGACCUGGGAAAGUUCAUGCCUGACAACAUCGACCCGUGCCUGUGCGACCACCUGAUCUACGCCUUUGCUGGGAUGUCCAACAAUGAGAUCACAACUUACGAAUGGAACGAUGAGACCCUUUACAAAUCCUUCAAUGACCUGAAGAACCACAGUGUAAAACUGAAGACCCUCCUGGCGAUUGGAGGAUGGAAUUUUGGGACAGCCAAGUUCUCCACAAUGGUUUCCACUUCCGAGAACCGCCAGACCUUCAUCAAGUCUGUCAUCAAAUUCCUGCGCCAGCAUCAAUUUGAUGGGCUGGACAUUGACUGGGAAUACCCAGGGUCCAGGGGCAGCCCACCCCAGGACAAGACUCUCUUUACCGUCCUGGUUAAGGAAAUGCUGGCAGCCUUUGAGCAGGAAGCCAAACAGGUCAACAAGUCCCGGCUCAUGAUCACCGCUGCUGUUGCUGCAGGACUUCCUAACAUUCAGGCUGGCUAUGAGAUUCCUGAGCUUGGAAAGUACCUGGACUACAUCCAUGUGAUGACUUAUGACUUCCAUGGCUCCUGGGAUGGACAAACUGGCGAGAACAGCCCUCUGUAUAAAGGCCCAGCUGACACUGGUGACCUCGUCUACCUCAAUGUUGACUAUGCUAUGAACUAUUGGAAGAACAGUGGUGCCCCAGCUGAGAAACUCCUUGUUGGAUUCCCAACCUACGGACAUAACUUCAACCUCCAAAACCCAUCUGACACUGCUGUUGGGGCACCAGCAUCAGGACCUGGGCCAGCUGGACCUUACACAAGGCAGGCUGGGUUUUUGGCUUACUACGAGAUCUGCACAUUCCUGGACUCUGGAGCCACCCAGGCUUGGGAUGCCCCCCAGGACGUGCCCUUUGGAGGUGCUAUGGUUUGGGCCCUUGAUAUGGAUGACUUCACUGGCUCUUUCUGCAAGCAGGGCAAAUAUCCCUUGAUCACCACCCUGAAGAAUGGUCUUGGUCUGCAAAACAGUGACUGCGUGCCUCCGGCUCAGCCCAACCCUCCAAUCACUGAAGCUCCUAGCCAAGGAAGGGGAAGUGGGAGCGGGGCCUCAGGCAGCAAUACUGGUAGCUCUGGUGGGAGCAGUUUCUGCGCUAGCAAGGCCAACGGCAUCUAUGCAGAUCCAACCAACAAGAGCAACUUCUACAACUGUGCUAAUGGUGUAACCUUCAUGCAGAGCUGCCAGGAAGGCCUCGUUUUUGAUACCAGCUGCUCCUGCUGCAACUGGCCAUGA